ACGAGGCUGCGUCCAUGAUAAUGUUUGUUUGGAAAAGAUAUAAAAAGGGCAACACCACUCCACUCCAUGGCUACAAAAAGGGAGGAGGUGGAUGUAAGGGGUAAUUACUUUAUCAAGUGAGAAGAAACGUCGGGGGAACUCUAAUUGGGCUUAUACAUGGCGUAAAUGUGUUGUCAUAAAGAAAGAUGCAUCACCCAGUUGCUGUUUAAUUUCUCGUACCAGCUGUAUUCUUCCUUUACGUGGUUUCUGACAUGGAAUUCACUUUCUUCUUCCUUCUUUGCUUACAAUGCGACAUAUAAUACUAUCUAUCUAUAUGGGAUAUUAUAGGAAUUAAUUCACUCAUCUCAUCAUCCAUCCAAUCCACCUCAAAUAUUGAUCCAUCAUUUUAGUUUUCUUCUUAAUUUACUUGAUGACCAAAUAAUUGAGGUAAAAAAGCAGUGACGUUGGGGCUUUUUCCGCCAAAUAAUUCUACGCUUUCAAAACUUUGAAAUUUUCAACUUUCCUAUACCUAGUCUUGAUAAUUCAAUAUUUUUACAUUUUCCAUUGAUACUUGUGUUUGGCAUUGAGGUUAUUACUAUACAUUUUUACAUUAAUUACAACAGAUUCUUGACUUUUCUUUAACUAUAAAGUUUGUGAAAUUUAUAUCAUUUUAGCCAAAAAUAAAAAAUAAAAAAGACAACACUGUGGGAAUAUCAAUACAGGAGCUUAACUUGGGCUCUAGCCAUCAUCUGUUCACAGUGAAGAAGACGCACUUCUUGUACACAAAGAUGGGUUUUUAUCUUGCUUCAUAAAGUCGCUUUUGCGAGUUUAUAAGUGAUUUUACGUUUAGUUUUCUUAGUUACUGUUAGUUCAUAUUAGUUAAGUUUUCUUCUUCAGCUUCUAUAAACGUACACCAAUCUGCCAUCAUUUUCAGAAUUACAAUGAUUUGUGUGAAGCCCAUAUGGGUUUGCGUAUAUCACAUCCUUGGACUCAUAUCUAUUUAAGUAAUGGCCCAAUGAGCAGCGGGCCUGGGCCUGGUCCUGAGUCCAGUACAUCUAAUUUGUUAAUGGCUGAUUUGCUGCAUCUAAUUUGGCGUACUAACUCAUAAUCUUUAGUCUUUAAUCUUUUCCUUUUUUAUUUUUUCAUUUUAUUUUAUUACAUCAGAGAGAAAGGAAAAAGGGAAAGGGGCGGUCGUUUUGGGCUUUUUCCAACAAACUAUUCAUAGGCGGAGACUUGCAAGUCUUGAUUCACAGUCCGCUAUUCUCGAUCGGACAUCCACUCAUCACUUCUUUCUGUGAUUAUGGCAGAUCACCACCACCACCACCACCACCGCCCCAAUCGCAUCUCCCUUCCCCCGCGCCCCGCCUUUCCUGCUUCUGCCGCCGCCGCCCCCUUCUGCCGCCGCCGCCACUCCGACCCCACGUCCCUCCUACCUCCCCUUCACCUAUCCACCUUCUACCCCAACUCCCACCCCCUCCAAACACCGACUUUCAAUCUCCAGGCCCUCCACUGGUAGCGCCUCCACCUCCUCCUUCUCCUUCCUUCUACUCCUCCUCUUCUCACUUCGUUCCCUCUACUCUCUCCUCCCAUUCUUGCGCUCUUCCCCUCCCUCUUUCUCCAUAUUCCCUUUCUCUUUUUUGGUCUCCCUUCUGUCUUUCAUCCUCACGCUCUCCUUCUCUUUGUUUUCCUCGAUAUUUGGUAAAGACUCUUUAUACCAAAAGUCUCAACGCCCCAUUUUUUCCCUCACUUUAAUCACCCAAUCCCAGCACAAACUCCUCGUUGCUAAAUCUCUCCUUCUCGCCGUUGUUUUUUUACUAAGAUUUCAGGCGUUAAGAUAUUGUGGCGCGGCUGCAAUGAUUUUAGCGGAAUUGUCCGGAAAUGUGGCCGCGCGUUUUAUGGCAGAAGGGAAAAAUCGGAGCUUUGUUAAUCGGAAUUCAAUUGGAUCAUCUAAGGUGCGUGGGUUUAUUGCACUUUUUUCUGGGUUGCUUUUGUUGUCAGUUAGCUGGGAUCGAGUUGAAUGUUUCCCUCUCUCCCAUGUAAAUAUUACGAGCAAAGGUGUUUCGGUGUUUCCUAGUGGCAAUUGUUUGAGGAUUUGGCCAAUGCUGCUUCCUUUUCUAUCGGGGUUUUUGGGGUGCUACGAGCGGGUCUUAUGGAACUGGGGGGAUAUUCGAGAGCUCGGACAAAAAAGGGUUCGUUUGAUCACUUUGUUUUUCACCACAGUUGUACUCUUUAUACCAGCUGCUGUUAGUAUGCUUGUCUUUGAAGCUGAAGGUGAUAGCAUAUCAUUGUCGAGUCUCAGCUGGCCGUUGGCAAAUACUGUGGUUUUUGGUGUGCUUUUGAGUGAGAAUUACACUGAUGGGAAAGUAGCUGCUCCCAGAGAUGUUCAAAGGGAGUAUCUUGUGACCUUUCUCUGUACUCUUGUUUUGGAGUUGUUCUAUUUCCCAGAGCUUUCACUCUGGGGAUUGCUGAUUUGUGGGCUGUUGCUGUGGAUUUCCGUGAGGGAAUUGGAUCCCAUUUAUACUAAUUAUCCUGAACUGGGUGUCGAAUCGUCUGAAUCGCUUAGCACCGCGGUCAUGAAGCCUAUUAGGCACAUUUUGAGUGAAAGGAAGUCCCGCAAGAUUGCUCUAUUUUUGUUGAUCAAUACUGCCUACAUGGUUGUUGAAUUUGUGGCUGGUUUCAUGAGUAACAGUCUUGGGUUGAUAUCCGAUGCCUGUCACAUGUUGUUUGAUUGUGCUGCUCUGGGUAUUGGCUUGUAUGCUUCCUACAUUUCACGCUUGCCUGCAAAUAGCCAGUUUAAUUAUGGUCGUGGGAGAUUUGAGGUUCUCUCGGGAUAUGUAAAUGCUGUUUUUCUAGUGCUUGUUGGAGCACUAAUUACACUUGAGUCAUUAGAGCGGAUUUUAGAUCCUCAAGAGAUUUCUACUAGCAGCCUGCUAGCUGUUUCAAUUGGAGGGCUGGUUGUGAACAUUGUAGGACUGAUCUUCUUUCAUGAGGAACAUCAUCAUGCCCAUGGUGGAUCUGGAGCAUGUUCUCAUUCCCAUUCUCACAACCAUUUGGCAGCUCAUUCCCACUCUCAUCACCAUGAUCAUCAUUUACAUCAUGACAAUCUUGAAGACAAACAACAGGAAUUUGUAGCUGUUGUCAGCGACUGCGAUGAGCAAUGCAGUGUUGGUCAUGAAAGCCAGGAGCAUAACAACCACCAUGCAGCUGAUGGUAAAGGAGAACAUAAAAGUAAACAAUUCCAGUGCAAUGGUCAUGACCACCACCACCACCACCAUGAUCAGCACGGCCAUCAUCACCAACAUGUUGACCCACACGACCACAAGCAUCAUGUUAACAUAAAUGACCAAAAUCAGCGCAAUGUUGACCAACAUAACCACCAUAUUCACAAACAUGACCACCAUCACCACCAUGUUGACCAACAUGAUCACCAUCACCACAAUGUUGACCGACAUGAUCACCAUCACGAUCACCACCAUAACCACGAUCAUACUGAAUGUCUUUUGGGAGAAAAAGAAAAGAAGCAUCACCAUCACCAUCACCACAUUGACCACAACAUGCAAGGUAUCUUCUUGCAUGUCUUGGCAGACACCUUGGGAAGUGUUGGAGUUGUCAUUUCCACCCUAUUAAUCAAGUACAAGGGAUGGCUAGUUGCUGAUCCUGCCUGCUCAAUAUUUAUUUCUGCAUUAAUUGUGGCAUCCGUGAUUCCACUGCUCAGAAAUUCUGCAGAAAUCUUGCUGCAAAGAGUUCCUAGAUCUUGUGAGCAGGAUCUUAGGGAAGCUCUUAAUGAUUUGAUGAAGCUGAAGGGAGUCUUUGGCAUUCAGAAUCUGCAUGUCUGGAGCUUCACUAACACGGAUGUCGUGGGGACCAUCCAUCUUCAUGUCUCAGCAGACACUGAUAAGGCUCUAAUAAAAAAACAAGUAUCACAGAUUUUACAGGAUGCUGGGAUUAAGGAUUUGGCAGUGCAGGUCGAAAGUGUCAACUGUAACUGAGGAAAACAUUUCUUACCUUCUAACCGCCUGUAUAAUGUGUUCGGAGAGCAAACUUUAUUUUUGUCUGGCAGGGAGCGGAAUGUGCUAUUCAGAAACAAGAGUGACUGAUUUCAGGCUUUAAAGCUACGGAUCAUGGAUCAACUUUCUCUAUGAGCAGCUUCACUUGCAUAGGCUAUCAUGGCUGGUCGUCUUUGAUGCAGACCGCUCAAUUCAAGCAUGCGACAGAUAUCACAAGAGUGUCAAGAUCCAAUUGUGACUCCAUCUCCGCGGGAAUUUGUGUAGUGCACAGAAUAUUCAGCUCUUCUCCCCUACUCAGAAUCUCAGAUAGUGAAAAUAUUAGGGUGAGAAGUGUAGUCGUAGAACAUUUACCUUCAGAUACAUUGAUCGAAAUAUAUAAGCUAUUGCCUGUAUUUAACACUUGAAAGUUACUUCAUAGGAUGAUCUUCAUGUUUUCCCCUUCUGUGGGAUCAAUUUUUGACAUGUAUCUUUUGCUGGAGUAAUUUAAGAUAAUAUAAAUUAAGCACCACUUAAUAUAU